AUGACAUCGAAGAUACCAGAAUGUUCAAUCUGCUUUGAACAUUACAAUGACCAAAGCAAGUGUCCUCGGCUUCUGAGUUGUGGACACAGCUUCUGCUCAAGUUGUCUGGAGAGACUUCUCCAUGGUAACACUAUUGAUUGUCCCACAUGCCGAAAUCUGGGUGCUGUUCCUACUGGAGUGGAAGGACUGUUAAAGAAUUUUGCAUUAUUGGACAUUGUGAAUGACACACCAAAAGAAAAUGUUGGGAGUAAUACAGGCUCACAUGAUUGUGAAGCUGUGGUGAGAAGCACCCUGCAAAUUUUUGCUGCCUUGACUGCAAAGAAAACAUGUGCAAAACUGCAGCUUAGUUCCAUAAUCGCAACAAGGUAA